AUGGAAUCAAUUCAAUCGUCUACAUUACAUAUGCCAACGAUACUUAAUGAUUCUUUACCUGUCAGACGAAGUUCUCUUGCAUAUUCCAAUAUUAAACAAAAUUUCGUUCUUGUAUGGUUAGAUGAUAAUAUGGAUAAAAUAAACAAUAAAAAGUAUUAUGAAAUAAUAACAACAUUAAAAAGUAUUGUUUAUACGAUUGAUAAAUUUGACAAUAUUAGAGAAUGUAUGAAUUUUCUCAAUGAAAUUAAAAAUGAGAAAAUAUUUUUAAUUGUAUCUGAUAAUCUUGGUCAACAAAUCAUACCACGUAUUCAUCAUAUGUAUCAACUUGAUUCAAUAUAUAUACUUAAUCGAAAUACAUCACAAAAUAUCCAAUGGAUAACUGGUUGGUGGAAAAUACAAGGUAUUCACAAACAAAUAACAUCAAUGUAUAAAUCUCUUAAAAACGCUGCACAACGAUGUGAUUAUAAUUCAAUUUCAAUGAGUUUUGUUCCAAUAGAUGAAAAUAAUGAUAAUACUGAAAUUGAUCAUACAUUUAUGUAUACACAAAUUUUAAAAGAAAUUUUAUUUGAAAUUGAAUAUGACGAAGAAUCUAUUAGAGAUUUUACUACUUAUAGUCAUGAGUGUAAUUAUGGAGAUUUUAAUAUUAUUGAUAAAUUUAGACAAGAAUAUAAGUGUCAAAAACCUAUUUGGUGGUAUACCUAUCCUUGCUUUCUAUCUUCUAUACUUAAUAGAGCUCUUCGUACUCUCGAAACAGAUACUCUUAUUAAAUUAGGCUUUUUCAUUUGUGAUCUCAAUCAUAAUAUUAAACAAUUACAUAAUGAACAGUGUCAUAAUCGAUCUACAAAACCAUUUAUUGUUUAUCGUGGUCAAGGCAUUCCUAAGAAUCGUUUUGAAAAGUUGAUUAAAACAAAAAAUGGAUUAAUGUCUUUUAACAAUUUCUUAUCAACAAGUACAGAUAAACAAGUUUCUCUUGCAUUUGCUGAAAGUAAUCGAGAUAAUCCAGAUAUGGUAGGAAUACUUUUUCAAAUGACUAUUGAUCCAUCAAUUCUAUCAACACCUUUCGCCUAUGUCAAUGAUACUGGCUAUUACAAAGGUCAAGAACAAGAAAUUCUUUUUUCUAUGCAUACACUUUUUCGAAUUGUUGAUAUUAAACCUUAUGAAAAUGAUAAUCGUAUUUGGCUUGUAGAACUAAAAGCAAUCAAUGAUACCGAUCAUCGACUGAAUAAACUUACAAAAAAUAUACGAUCGGAAACUCGAGGAUCUACUGGAUGGGAUCGAUUAGGACGAUUAUUAUUAAAAUUAGAUCAAUUUAAUAAAGCUGAACAAGUUUAUAAACAAUUACUUAAUCAAACAUCAACUGAUAUUAAAAAAGCAUAUAUAUAUAAUCAACUUGGAAAAACUAAAAAUCAUCAAGGAAAUUAUAUGGAUGCAAUCUUAUAUUUUAGAAAAGCUUUAAAAAUUCAUGAAAAUACUUUUCCUUCACAUCAGAUUUCUUUAGCUAGUUGUUACAAUAAUAUCGGUCAAAUGUAUCAACGUAUGGGAGAAUAUCCGAAAGCACUUCUUUUUCAUCGAAUAGCAUUGGAUAUUAAACAAGAUAUUCUUCCAUUAGAUCAUAUUGAUUUAGCUGAAUCUUAUGGACAUAUUGGUUUAUUAUAUGAGAAGUUAGGUGAACAUCAUAAAGCUCUUUUAUCACAUAAGAAAGCAUUACGAAUACGUCAAAAAAAUCUACCAAAUAAUCAUCCAAGUUUAGCUCAUUCCUACAAAAAUAUUGGUUCCGUAUAUAAUAAUAUAGGUAAAUAUUCUAAAGCACUUAUAUUUUACAAUAAAUCACAUGCUAU